AUGCACUUUAACGGCAAGAACCCUUUUAUAAACGUAGUGCACGAUCUCGGAAUCAAUUUCAAUUUAGCGAUAUUCCGAAAAUACUUUAAAAGUAUUAAAAGCACUUCGAAGCAGAUGCUUAUAAAGGCUUAUUAUAGCGUCGAGCUAGUGGAACGCUAUUACGUCUUUGUGCGACGCGCCUUUAAGAUCGUCAUAAAGGAGCUUCUAAAGGCCUUAAGGGAAAACCGGCUUCAAAUGGCUAUUAAAGCUAUUAACGAUACGGCGGGACUUAAUAGCUUGGUCUUUACGCUUUUCGUCUUUAAUACUUUAUCGAAGCUAACGGAGCAAGAUCGACUUGCUGCGUUUACUUAA